CAGAGAACAUGUGGGCUGCUAUCGGAGGCAUACACGUAACAGUGCUGUGUUAUUAUUUUUAUAGAUCAAAUUAGGACUUUAUUAGAUUUUUUUUCUUUUUAAACAUACAGCUGCUGUGUACAUGUUUAUAUAACUUUAAUUAUUUACGUUUCAUAUUAUUGCAAUUUUUAUUUGCAACAGGCAAACAAAAGUUGUAUUUACCUGCGAAGACAUCGGCAUCUUUUUUUCCAAUGGCUCCACGCCUGACUAAAAGGAAAUAAAUACACACCUUGCCAGCACCUGAUUUUGUGGACAUUUCCGGUAGGCAGAAUGGAUGGGAAAGUUAAGGAACAAAGGAAACAUCAGUCCAAACACAGUGGACCAAAGGCGGAAAGGAAGAAACUGAGGAAGCAUGGAGACCCAGUAGACAAGGAUGAACGAAAACGUAACCCCAAAGCCUUUGCAGUACAGUCUGCUGUACGCAUGGCCAAGACUUUCCACAGGGCCCAGGAUAUAAAGACCAAAAAACACCACAUCCCACUUGUUGACCGGAGCCCCCUGGAGCCGCCUCCUGUGGUGAUUGUAGUAGUUGGCCCUCCUAGGGUGGGGAAAAGCACUCUCAUACGUUGCCUGAUCAAAAACUUCACACGGCAGAAGCUUGGGGACAUAUGUGGCCCUGUGACCAUUGUCUCUGGCAAGAAACGCCGUCUCACUUUCAUGGAGUGCAGCAAUGACAUAAAUACAAUGAUCGACCUUGCAAAAGUUGCUGACUUGGUUCUUAUGCUGAUCGAUGCCAGCUUUGGCUUUGAAAUGGAGACAUUUGAGUUUCUGAACAUCUGCCAAGUGCAUGGCUUUCCUCGUAUCAUGGGUGUGCUGACUCACCUGGAUUCCUUCAAGAACAACAAGGCACUUCGUAAAACCAAGAAACACCUCAAGCAUCGCUUCUGGACGGAGGUCUACCAGGGCGCCAAGCUCUUUUAUCUGUCUGGUAUGGUUUACGGGGAGUAUCAAACACAGGAAGUGAAGAAUCUUGGCCGUUUCAUCUCUGUCAUGAAGUUUCGUCCUUUGGUAUGGCAGACAUCCCAUCCUUAUGUGCUUGUUGACCGAAUGGAGGAUUUGACUGACCCUGAAAAGAUCCGAAAUGACCAGAAGUGUGACCGGACAGUGUCGCUCUAUGGCUACCUGCGAGGCACCUAUUUGAAAAACAAAAGCCAAGUCCAUAUUCCAGGUGUUGGCGACUUCCAGGUUGCAGAUGUAAACUUUCUCCCAGACCCAUGUGCACUGCCAGAUGCUCAGAAAAAGAGGGCACUGAAUGAGAAGGAGCGGCUGCUCUAUGCACCCAUGGCUGGAGUUGGUGGAGUGGUUUAUGACAAAGAUGCUGUGUACAUUGACCUUCCUGCAAGCCAUGUCAAUCAACAGCAGGAGGAGUUGAGACCCACAACAGAGCUGGUCCAGUCUCUCAUUGACACGCACUCCACUCUGGAUGCCAAGAUGGCUGCAAGCAAAGUGACUCUUUUUAGCGGCUCUGCUGUCCUCGACCCCACAGACAUCAACUCACAAAGCAGAGAAAAUGUCGGCCCUUUGGAGGAGUGUGUCUGGGAUGCUGUGAGCCAGAGACAGAGGAGAAAGGUGAUCUUCAAAGGAGAGGAGGAUGCUGAAGAUAAAGGUGAUGUCAGUGCCUCCAGUGAUGAGGAAGACGGCAGUAAUGAAGAAAGUGACCUCGGGGCGCAGGAUGAGGAUUUAGACGAUAACCUCUCCAGUUUUAUCCGCGAGGCAAGAGACAAAUGUUCCACAAGUGAAAAAGGUGCCCCACCACUGAAGAAGCAGAAGCUGCAGGAGACAAAAGAAACAGUGGUGGAGUUGCCUGUGUUCGCUGACAGUGAAGACGACUUGGAGGUGAGCGGGGGAGAGGAUGAAGACGUGGAUGCUGGGAGAGUAGGAGACUCAGGACAUUGCUCCAGUGAGGAUGAAGAAGAGAGUGGUGAUGAAGAGAAGGAAGAUGUUGAUCAAGAAUUGUCACAGGAGGAGGAGGAUGCAGCUCAGUCUAGCAGUAAAAAUACAGAGAGUGAAAGUGAUGUGGAAGAUGAAGAGCUGGGGGCUCUCCGGUGGAAAGAGGGUCUGCAGCAAAAGGCAUCGGAAGCAUUUCUACGACACCAAGAAGCUGCGCCCAAUCUGCGAAAACUGGUUUAUGGUUCAGUUGUUGAGGAGAAAGACGAUGACGACGAUGAUGAGGAAGAGUUGGGAGGACUUUUUCGAGUCAACCGCCCUCAGAAGAUUAGAAAAGUUCACGCAAACGCACUUGAUUGUUCUCGUUUCAACCCAAAUUCCUCGCACAACUGGGAUCUGGAGGAGAUGCUUAACUCCAUCAGGGACUGCUUUGUAACUGGGAAGUGGGAGGAGGACCAAGAUGCCGCCACGCUGCUGAAGGAGGACGAUGAGAUGUACGGAGAUUUUGAAGAUCUGGAAACAGGCAAAGUCCACAGGGGCAAAAAUGGGCUGCAGGAUGAAGAUGAGAACAGUGAGAGUGAGGAAGAUGAUGACGCUGAAGAGACCCUGAUGAAGGUGGACGAUGAAGAAGUCCAGAAAAACAAGCGUUUGGAGAAGAAGCGGAGGCUCAAAGAGAGAUUUGAUACAGAGUAUGAUGAUGCAGACGGCACAUACUUCGAUGAUCUAAAGGAGGAGUUGCAGAAGCAGGCAGAGCUGAACAGGGCUGAAUUUAUGGAUGUAGACGAUGAGACAAGAGUGCAGUACGAAGGUUUCCGGCCAGGAAUGUACCUCAGAUUAGAGAUCGCCUCUCUUCCCUGUGAGUUUGUCACCAACUUUGAUCCACACUAUCCCAUCAUCCUCGGCGGCUUGGGUUCCAAUGAGGGGAGUGUUGGAUACUUGCAGAUGAGGCUAAAGAAACACCGCUGGUAUGAUCGCAUCUUGAAGACGAGGGACCCGCUUAUUCUGUCCCUAGGAUGGCGCCGCUUCCAGACCAUCCCUCUUUACCACAUUGAGGACCACAACGGGCGACACCGCCUGCUGAAAUAUACACCACAGCACAUGCACUGUGGUGCCUCCAUUUGGGGUCCCAUCACACCACAGGGAACAGGUUUCCUGGCGAUGCAAUUUGUAGCUGGAAUUAAAGCUAAUUUCCGUAUUGCAGCCACAGGAGUUGUCCUUGACCUGGAUAAGUCAGUGACUGUGGUAAAGAAGCUCAAACUCAUUGGUUAUCCAUACAAGCUCUUCAAGAACACAUGUUUCAUUAAGGGCAUGUUCAAUACAGUGUUGGAGGUGGCAAAAUUUGAAGGGGCCUCUGUACGAACAGUGUCAGGGGUCAGAGGUCAAAUCAAGAAAGCAUUGUCAACACCACCGGGAUCUUACAGAGCUACGUUUGAGGACCGACUGCUCAUGAGUGAUAUUGUGUUCCUGCGCUCCUGGUAUCCCGUGUCUGUUCCACAGCUCUACAAUCCUGUCACAUCUCUGUUGCUGCCUGUGGGUCACAAGGAUAGCUGGUCAGGCAUGAGAACCCUGGGGCAGCUCAAACAUGACCUGGGAAUUCGUAACAAACCCAACACUGACUCUCUGUACAAGCCUGUGGUCAGGACAAGAGCGCAUUUCAAUCCCCUCCACAUCCCCAAAGUGCUCCAGAAGUCGCUGCCUUUCAAAAGCAAACCCAAACAACAGCAACAAAAGGGGAAAAUUCCCAGAGACCUCCAAAGGCCAAGUGUGAUCAGAGAGCCUCAUGAGCGGAAGGUGGCGGCUCUUCUAAACGCUCUGAGCACAGUUCACCGCUAUAAGGCGAAGAAAGCGCGCACAGCACAACACGCUAAAAAAAAGGUGUUCUUGCAACACAAGGAGAAAGAAGAGGAGGCCAAGAUGAAGAGACAAAAAGAAGCCCGUAAAAAGUUGUACCGUGUCAUGGGCCAGAUGGACCAGAAGAAGCAAAGAUCCAGUCUGAAGGGGGCAUCACAGCACGACUAACCUGCCACCUUUCACUCAUGCUCAGUGCUUGACUAAGACACUCUGAUCUGUGGGCUGCCAGAAUGCUGACUUUUGUUUUUUUUGUAUUGGUUGCAUUGUGUUUUAAUAAAACA